GAACUUGUGCGCGCAAAGCCAGCUCAAGCCACUUGUCACUUGAGGGCGCUAUAACAGAAUGAGUCGUAUCGAUAUACGUCAAAAUGGCGACUUACAUUCACGGUUAUCUUGAACUUUAGAGUGUUGUGACGCCAUACUUUGUACGCAGAAAGUAGGCCUAUGUUGAAAAGCAUGAUAGCUUCCUAAAGGCAAACAAGUCCAAGAGUGUUGCACGAGAAAAAGAACUGUGGAUAGAUCUUGAGGACAAUGGAGAAUCGUAUGGUUACUCGCAAGCAGUCCAGGCACCAGAUCACCAUGAGUGUCCUGGAUAAGGACGUGCGUAAAGCAGUGGCCCUAGGGGACGUGGCCAAGGUCCGGCAGGCCCUAGAGGCCGGGAUAUCCCCCAACGACGUGGAUAAUAAUGGCUGGACGUUGCUUCAUCUUGCUGCCUCCCGGGGGCGGGACCGGGUACUGAGGUUACUGCUUGAAGAAGGAGGAAAACCAGAAAUCAGAGAUAUCAUAGGCGGCUUCACUUGUCUGCACUACGCGGCCAUGCACGGCAGGACGCGUCUAGCCAGGCUGCUCCUGGAAUAUGACAAAUCCAAGCGUUGCGAGCUGGUGGACAUCCCGAGCCGGGACGGUUGGACGCCGCUCCACGUGGCCGCCCACUACGGCCGGGACUCCUUCGUCCGGCUCUUGGUGAUGUACAGCGCGACCGUGGACCCGCUGAGUGUCAAGGGCACCACCCCGCUGCAGCUUGCCAUCAUCCGGGAGAAGCAGAGCUGCGUCAAGGUCCUACUGGACAACCAGGCCAACAUUGACAUCCAGCGGGGGUUCCCGCUGCGAUACACCAUCAUCAAGGGUAACCACGACGCAGCAAGGCUGCUUCUAAACCGAGGAGCCAACCCCAACCUAAGUCGGGAGGAUGAUGGGCAGACUCCACUCCACUUAGCAGCCAUCAAGAAUGAUAACCUGAACUGCCGACUGUUGUACAGCUUUGGAGCCAGCUGCCAUGCAUGUGGAGAUGACGGGAAGACGCCACUGGACACUUACAAAGAUGUCUACACUAACAAGGAAUCUGCUCCGUGUUUCAAGUUCCUCCAAGGAGCUACGUCCAACCCAAGAAAGCUUCAAGACACCUGUCGGCUCACCAUACGCCAUGCCAUUGGCAAGACUAGACUUCACCUCAUCGACAACUUACCCUUGUCGAUCCUAAUGACGAACUAUCUUAGGUAUAAAUAUGAUGACUUCUGUGGUUUGUGACCGUUCGGUUAUCUUCCUCAACCCAAUUCCUCUGGGUUGUUUUGAUGUGGAACUCUGCUGAAGGCAACAUCAUAGCAUCUGUCAAAUUGGGAAACCUGCCCGGUGUAACAAGAUCCAUAGGGCUGUGCUAGUCCGAAAAUUUGGGACUUAAUGCUGUGUAUAAGAGUCCCAAAACCUAAUGUAUUAAAACAUGCAAUACAAAAAAAUAGACUGGCACAUGAAACAACAGUCCAACACCCCUUUAGUACUGCAUCAGUCAACUGUGUCAAAAGAAACAUGGUACGCGGUCUCUAUUUCCGCACAUCACUCCAUGGUCUGCCACCAGACCACUGAAGGGUCAAUCUUUUCAAACAGUUGGACAUGUACCAGUCUAGUCUAAAGCUUCAAAUUUUUAUCACGUGGCUUCACUCUCGGGUGCAAAAUGUUGAAGAAAAAUCUCCUUUAAAAAAAUUGAAUUGAGACUUCAAACUUGGCUGUUGAAAUACUGAGGACCUUGUCUUUACCUCAUGAACAUUUUGGAGAAUUUUGUCGUCUUAAGAGUGAGCAAAGUGGGCCUGAAUUAGUUUUGCAUGUUUUUCUGGACUGAAGGUCCCAGUCUGUGGAUGUGCUGAAUAAUCAAAUAUUCAUAUAUUCGAUCAACCACUGCAUAUCCAAAUACACGUUGUAUUUUCCGAUUAAACAAUUGUGAGCGCUCUCAAGAAGAUGAUGAGAAAUGCCCAUGAUGUCAUGUGAAUCGUAUAAAUUUGCAUCUCUCAAAUCUUUCAGAUAGUCAGCUACAUCAAAAUGUGUAAUAUUUAUAAAUGCUCAUUGUUCAAGCAAAUCCUGAUCAGUGCAUUAGUUAAUGUCCAAUCGAUAUUUCUUAAUAAUUUUAUAUUGUAUUUUAAUUUCCAACCAGGGCGUGCGCAUGCAUGUAUUUCCUGACUGGCAUGUGGAAUUUCCAACUAUAAAAACAUUCAUAUUUGGCUCUGGGAUGACACAAAUUAAAGCACCGAGUAAAACAUUUAAUGCUAAAUAUUUCUGCAAAACAUUGGACUAGCUGUGUUAGUAUUAAACUUGUGCAAAGUGCUGUCUUUACAUAGAGGGCAGUGUUUUGGUUUCAUUAAAGUGAAGAUACAACAUUUGCAAACAUCAAAAAACGAAAUGAUCAAAUUAUCACUAAAUACCUUACUGGAUUGUUAGGGAGUGACAGUCUAAAGCACCCUGUAA